AUGUCCGCAGAAGCAGCUCUCACUCCCGAGGCGGCACGAGCUGUUGCACCAGAACUCUUUCCCGAGCGUAAAAGUCCGACAAAAGCUCAAAUUGACGCUGCAAUUGAGAAAUGUCUUGACAUACAGCGGCGAGCAGUGACGUUUCAGAAAAGGCCAUUUGCUGCUCUGUUAUUAGGGCCGGAUAACGAAACGGUGUUGUUGUCACAUCAGAGUGUUGACCAAGUGAACCAUGCUGAGAGCUCCUUAGCCAGACUCGCUUAUUGCCAUUACACAAAAGAGUACCUCUGGACAUGCACGUUAGUAAGCACAUGGGAGCCAUGUGCAAUGUGCUCCGCUACUGUCUAUUGGGCACACAUCGGCAGGGUCAUCUACGCAGCGUCAAAUGAACAAUUAGCUACCUUGACAGGCCCAGGUAAUAAAGACAAUUUCACCAUGAAUUGGCAUACGCGAGAUGUGCUGUUAGGACAGCAAAAGGAUGUUGAGAUUAUUGGGCCUGUAGAGGGCAUGGAUAAGGUUGUUAUGGAGGAGAGUGACGUUUAUUGGAAGACUACGAGGAAAUCGUGA